AUGAGUUUGGUCAUUAGUCGUAGCAGGCAUUCUGCAAUGCCCUCGCGGCCUGGAGGUGGUAGACUUAUAGUGGUCAAGUCCUGUUCGAUGGUGGCCACCACAACUGGCCAAAGCAAACAAAUAUCAGAUCAGCAAAUGGGCAUGAGGAUCUGCAGACAGCAACACGUUGAAGAAUUGCACGGGGAGGAAUGCCAGUUCAGCGAGACGGUAUCGGCUCAAACAUGGAAAUUGGAGAGAGCAUUGCUAUGCCUCAAUCGUCUUUUUGCAUGCGUCAUCAAGUUUCCUUUUGUCAACAAAGUCAUACCAUGGGGGAUAGGGUACAUGGAGAGGAAGCAAGACGAGGAAGCCAGCAUGACCGCAUCAAAGGAAAGGAGUGGAAAAAAGACAUCAAUGAUCAGUGUCAAUGAGUACGUGCGGAUGACGUUCCUUGAUGUGAAGAUCAGGCCGCCAGUCAGUCACCAUUUUCAGAUGCCAUUUGAAGCCAUCGCCAUUUGA